AUGAACAGGAUAAAGGUUCAUGUUCAGUGCCCCUUACCCCAGCUUAUUAUCUACUGGUUUUUUGCAGUAAUUUUUAGUAGCUUUCUUCUAGAGCUAAACAUGCUGGGCUGGAGCCUUGAGAAUCUCAUUCCUAUGCCUGUAGGACCUGCUGCACAUAUCUGGAAUGGACAAACUCUUGAUUUGAAAGCUGUUGAAGGCAUUGAUUUGAAUUCCAGUUCCUAACACAUUUAAUGUCUGGCUUGGAUGAAAGGAAUAUCCCUUGCAUUUUGGAUGAGUGAUUGAGAAGUGCAAUUGUGGAACAUUGAAACCAGAAAGAGGCUGAGAAAUAUGUUUGGCCACCUGUCUGUAAGAGGCUGGAAUCAUUGUAUUCUGAGCAGUGGUUCACUACUAGGAUUUGCCCUUCACUCUGAAGUUCAGAGUGCUCAGCACCAUGUUGGGAUUCUUUGUCAAAACAAACAAAUCAUUUGCAGCCUGAAAUUUUCACUAGCCAACAUGUUGCUGGCAAUUUGGUCUCGAGGCAGUACAUUGAAUAUCUGGCCUAGCAGCCCUGGGGUGAAAUUGCAGUUGCAGGCACUGAAAACCAUACGUCCUUUCUUAGCAGUUAAAGUUAUAACCUGGUGUCCUUGGCAGUCGAAAGUCCUUGCUACACGAGGUGGAAUGAAAGAUGGGAUUUUGCGUGUCUGGCAUAUGAAUUGUGAGAAAAUCAUCCAAAGUGCAAUUACAGAUUCACAGUUCCAGAAUAGAUAAAUUGGAAGACAGCUGUUCUUGGAGCUCAUUGGACAUCCAUUCCUGAAGAAGAACAGCAGAUAUUUGGGAUUAUGGAAACCUUUCCUCAUUGUCAGUUUGACCACCCUCCCUUUGAUAAUGACAUAAUGCUCCUCAAGCUGAAUGAUACUGCCAAGCUGAAUAAAUAUGUGCAACUUUUCCUCUGCCUGACUUUUUUGAAGAUGUUGAACCUAGCACACUCUGCCGGGUGGCUGGCUGGGGAGACAAAUCACCAGGAAAGCCAUUGAAAUAUCUCUGGAAGAAACUCUUAAAAUUGCCAAUAGAAAAAUCUCUGACAAACAUUAUGCCAGCGACCCAAAAAUAACCAACAACAUGUAGUGUGCGCUACAGGGAAAACUAAAUUAUAUCUGAGUGAUACUUGUGGGGUAAGAAGCAAAGUUACAAAGGGGGGACAUAUAUUUAACAAUGGUUCCCUUUUCACUGGGGACAAAGCAGUGUCAGACAUCUUAGGAGGAUGAUCAUGUUUUAAGUGAUUUUAGCGACAUUUAUGAAAGACUUUAUUGCUGUGAAAAAGACUUGUUAAAGCUUUGUUUAGUUUAGGUCAGUGUACCAAUCAAGAUCAAGAGUAUGGCAAUUUGAGCUGGGAUUAUCUAUUAACUUCAGGUGUAUUUCAUUAGCUACAGUGUUCUCCUUAGGCACCACCUGUAGUUUUGGAAGAAAAAGCAGAGCUAUUGGGGUCUCAAUUAUCUGAUCCUUUCCAGAAGUCAACCUCUGAGUAGUACAGCAUUAACUGCAUACUCAAAAGAGCUGUUUGGAUCUUGCUUUUGAUGCUCUCUGUGCUGAAUCCAGAAGAGACAACUGAUAAAGGGGUGAAAUUACAGGGAGGUUGGGACUAGAUAAAGGGGUGAGAAUCAAUUUAUACUAACAAUAAAAAAUAUAUUUUGAAAUAGAAUUGUGAUAGCACCCUGCUGCUCCACAGCAUUUUCAUUGAAGGCUCCCUCAGGUUUGAAAAGCAACCUCUCUUUAUUCCUCACCCGAUUCCCACGAAUGAUGUAAGCCAACUGCUCCAUUUCAUAGGCUGGAAAAGGUUAGAGACAACAUUUCCAAGCAUGCUUGUGCACUGCAGGUGGCACUGCAUGCUGCUCUGGUGAGAAAUGGACACACUGACAGCUGCUUCUGAUUUGUCCUCCAGGGAGAUUCAGACGUCCUUGAGCAUUUGAAACGGAUGUGAGAGAGUUUUUAGUCCUCAUGCAAAACAACCAACUAAACAUAACAGAUUACAUCAGCUCAGGCUUUUCAAUUCCUGGAUGGCAGCAGAGUGCUAAUCCAAC